AAGCGAAAUCCUUUCAGAGUUCCCGUGAGAUUGCUUCACUUUCGAACCCAAGGAAGCUUCAAACCAUUUGUUUGCUGAAAAGUGCGAAUCGGGAGAGGAAACUUCAGCGAAUUUGAAUCCUGUGAAUUCGCUGAAGAAUGCAGCGAUUGAGGACCUCGAGGUCUUCAAUCAUGGGGUCACUGGCAGUGCCUCACUUGAAAAGAAAAGCUUUGAAUUCAUGGUCUUCUGUUCAGGACACGUUUUAUUCGACCAAGGAUGUUUUUGAGAGGCACAGAGUCGUCUUUACAGUUGGAACAUCUGUAGCAUCCGUCGCUACAGCUUGGAUUGGUUAUACUAUGCGCCACCUUCAUGAUUCAAAAGUUGAUCAAAGGCUUUCCUCAAUUGAACAAGCUAUGAAGAAUAAUCAUAAUAUUGAACACAAAGAAUUAGAGAAAUUGGCUAGCUCAGGUAGUUGCAGCAUUGCAGCUUGUGUUGCCACUGCUGGAACCACUUUAGUUAUCGGUUUCUUCAUUUUGAAGGUAUCACCUGAGGUUAAAAGAAACCAAAGGUAUGGUUUGGGCUGGCGAGGUGGAAAUUGGUAUGCAAAUAGGAAGUUGAGGAAGGGGCAGAUGAAAUUGCUCGAACAGAUCAAACCUAAAACGUGGCAACUGAAGUUGAGAAGGCCACUAAUAAGACCCCGAGUCUCAGAGAAAACUGCUGUUGAAAAGUCGGAAGCAUUGUAGAAGGAUGCAACCACCAUUGCACAUAAUUGGAGAAACCAAUCUUUGACAGAAGGAAUAUACGAUAGCUAGUUUUAUCUGAAAAGUUAAGAGGAAAAUAAUUAUUUACAAGAUUUUAUGCAUUGGAGACUUGUCUAUACCUGUCUGCCUUACCCAGAAUUAUAAUGAUCAAUUUUGUCAUUUACUUUUCGUCUUUGAGA